AUGGGGUCAGCGACGUUCCUGGAAGUGAUUUUGGCCAUUUUGUUACCACCUGUGGGUGUCUUCCUCCGUUAUGGCAUCGGUGUGGAGUUUUGGAUUGACCUGCUGCUGACGAUACUGGGCUACAUACCAGGAAUAAUUUACGCCUUAUAUGUGUUGGUAGGGUAGUCAUAGUGCCACAAUUUUGGAUGCAACGUAGAUGGAGAAGUAAUUAUAUGGGCAUGAUGAAUGUAUAAGGAUAGAUGGUGUUCCAGGAUCACUUUUCCUUGAAAUAAAGAGUUCUCGUGUGUUGGCAAACAUGGUUCGCGAGUUGAAAUAGUAUACUAAAAUGUGUUACUACUCUGUUCACAUC